AUGGAAUUAGGGCACACAUUCAACUUGCUCCAGAGGGAAGGCGUCAACAUCAGGAUGCCAGUCAACAGCACAGGUGAGAAAGAAUAUUCUGUGGAGGACCAUGGAAUGCCAGUUUUGUUUGAGAUGAAGGUUCCCACAAGACCUACAGACAGGAAUGAUCAUAAAGCACUCAGGGAGAAGGUGCAGAGACAGGGCAGUGGGCAGCCCGGAAGCAUUUUGUUUGGUGGAAAGGGUGAAACGGGGGAGUCAAGAGCAGUGGAAGCUUGGCAGCUUGGAAGCUUGGCAGGCAAACUUCAGAGAAGACCUGGGGCCAAGGAAGGCAGUUUGGGAAAGUGCAGAAAGCCCGGAAACCACACAGCACCCAAGUGCAGGAAAAGAUGCCACAAAAAGAUCACCAAAAUAAUGGAGGAGUUAGAACAUUUCACCUACGAGGAAAGAAUUUCAGGACUUGCUGUGACUAAAAGGGGAGGGCAGGAUGGACAGCUCAGCCAACCAUGUUUAGCCGAGGUCAGGAGGGCUGAAAUUCAGAACCAUGCUGGUGUGGCUUUUUGUACCAGCAGGUCUCAGAAGGAGCAGCAGUUUCCACAUCAGGCCCUGUGGAGCUGCAUAAGACCUGGUUGCCCAGCUGCUUUCUCAUCCCAAUUUCCCCUGGAGGGAAACAGAACCAUAAAUACAGGGGGAGAAGUGGAAACUGAGAAGAGAGUACAGCUGCAGCUAUUGCAGGACCACCCGAAAACUGACUGCGCCCAUUUAAGUGUGAAAGACAGAGGAAAUUUCAUUCAAGCUUAUGUUGGAAUAGUUCAGCAUGCUGGGUGCAGAGGAAUCCCCCUCGGAAACAAGAGAAAAGGGCUUAAUUUUGACAGAAAGCGCUGGAACAGUUUGCUUUCAUUACAAUCCUGCCUAGUUCAGCAGAACACCAAGCCGUGCAGGUUAACAUAUUUUCUGUUUUCCUGCUCAGAGAAGUCAAGUCCAGCCGCACGGACGAUGCACUCCAAAGGAAAGACCGUUGUGUUAUGGAUCUUCUAUCUUGCUCUCUUCUCAACUAUAGUAAUGGUUUAUUUGAACUGGGAUGGAGCACUGAUGUGGAUAUACAACAACAAGAGCCUAAAGAUCACUCAGCUGAAAAAUGAAACAGAGCACUGGCUGUUCCACUGGUUUAAGCCCAGGAUUGGAUAUGCUAAUCAAGACAUAAAGACAAUACCUUCAAUCCAGUGGUUCGAUCCAACCAGUCGCACGGAUGUGCAAACACUGACCUCUUGGUCAGCCCCCAUCAUCUGGGAGGGAACCUUCAAGAGAUCAGUCUUAGAGGAUUAUUACAAGGAGCACAAAAUCACAGUUGGCUUGACAGUUUUUGCUAUUGGGAAGUACCUAGACAAAUAUUUGAAGAACUUCCUAACCUCAGCAAACACCUAUUUCAUGCCUGGCCACAAUGUUAUCUUCUACAUUGUGGUGGACAAUCUCUCAGGAGUUCCAUUGAUCGAGCUGGGCCCCCUUCGGACACUGAAGGUCUUCCAGGUACAAAAGGAGAGCCGGUGGCAGGACAUCAGCAUGAUGCGAAUGAAAACCAUCGGAGACCUCAUUGAAAGCCACAUCCGCCGUGAAGUGGAUUUCCUCUUCUGUAUGGAUGUCGACCAGGUCUUUGAGAGCAACUAUGGUGUAGAGACCCUGGAUGAGUCAGUAGCUCAACUUCAAGCUUGGUUUUAUCAGGCAAGCAAAGAAUCUUUCACUUAUGAGAGAAACCCUGAGUCAGCCGCAUACAUCCCUUAUGAGGAGGGGGAUUUCUAUUAUCAUGCAGCGGUGUUUGGUGGCACCCCACAGCAUGUUUAUAACCUUACCAGGGAAUGCUAUGAAGGCAUCAUGUAUGACAAACAGCAUAACUUGGAAGCCAUUUGGCAUGACGAAAGCCACUUAAACAAGUACUACCUCCGGAACAGGCCCAGCAAGGUGUUAUCUCCAGAAUACUGCUGGGAUUAUAAAAUUAGCGACUCCCAUAAUAUUAGGAAUAUAAAGUUAUCCUGGAUGCCCAAAGAGUAUGAAGAAGUCAGAAAUAACUAACCAUCAACAUUCCUGAAAGCAAACUGUGUCAGCUGGUCGCUCUGAGCACAGAAAGUGUUCCUCUGGCCGUCUGACAAAAAGAGAAAAAGAACAUUUGCCAAAGUGUUUUAAUUCAGUAAACUGGGAAGUUCCCCAUCCUCCUCCCAACAACUGUUGCCUUUUGUUUUAAAAGCUAGCGGGCACCAAAAGAGAAGUUACGAAUCAAAUAGCACACUGAGAAAAUCUACUGGUGUGCUUCCAAGCUUUGAGAGAUAUUUUUGAAAACUUUGGAAAUAUUAGGACCUGCUUACUGUUUUGUGAUGACAUCAGAGUGAUCAGCGUCAGGAUGGGGCAGUGAAAUUUUCUGUCCAUAUGAAAGGUAACAAAAGAGACAGAGGAGAGACACAAUGGCGUACCUUCAAAAAAAGGCAUCCAGGACAAAUUCUGAAAUUGCGCAGCCCCCCAGCCAUAAAAAUGUCAAGGGGCUGAAGAGCUGUGUUUGUCAGCAAGGACUGGCCUGCAAGGGAAGGCAGGGGGACAACGACACUGCCUCGGCUGUCCCAUUUGGGGCACCUGGAAAGGUGGUGGAGGGACAGAUCUGGAGGAGGAGUUCCUGCGCAAGGCAUGAGCUCUUGCCACAGGCUUCACCCCAGCCAGGGUGUGCCACUGCUAUCUGGACACUGCAACGUCCACAUCAGCCCUGAUCAUGAGUAAUGCGGGCAGGGAGUUGUUGGGGGGUUGGGAAAGCUUCCCAGGAUGGCCAGAGUGUAGUAGAGUUUUUAUCCAGCCAGCAAAGUUCGCAAGCACACAGGCAGGUCUGUGGAGUCCCAACAGUUUCCACUAGCAAGCUCCAGCACAGUCCCGGAUGCUGCCCAAGGGGCUAGCCAGACCAGGAGUCCUGAAGCCAGGCAUGGCCCCUUAUCUCUCCGGUUCAUAGGCUGCCUGCAGCAGUAGUGCAUUGUACCACUGAGCUGCCAUCUCAUGGUCAGCAUGGGACCAGGUGGAGCCAUUGGGGGUGCUUCUGGGGCGCGGUGCCAUCUGCCCAGGCAGCUCCGGCUCUCACAGCGGCCCCACAAUUGGGCUAUAAUUGCUCUGCAGAGGUAGGGUGCUGACAGCACAAUAAGGCCAAAGAGAACCAAAUUUAAAUGUCAUAACUGAUUAUACAGGGACUUUCAGUGAAUUCAAACUUCCCAGAUUCUCACUGAAAAUAAAAACUCAGCACUACAUCUGGAAAACCUGAAAUAAUCAGAAAAAAGAAGGGUGAGUGGAUUAGGUCAGGACUAGAGGCAAAUACAGACCCAAAGUUUAAGCCAGAUGCCCGAGAUAUACCGCUGCAUUUAAAGGCUGUAUCUUGGAGGGCUGCUGGCAAAAACUCCACCCCAGGCAGUCUGAAGAGGAGACACAUCUGAUCAACAGAUGGACAGCUGGCUAUUUGGCAUUUAUAAGAGGCUUGCCUGGUUUAGUUCUGUUUAUUUACAGUCAUUUGAUCAGCAGACUGAAGAACAAAAGAAGAAACAAAGAGGCAAUGCUGAGACGUGCUACCUACUGUUUGCUGGACUAAGACUGCAGACCCCUAUUUCUUUCCAUACAAAAAGAGGUCUGAAUAGCAGUUCUGCAUUCUAGAAUCCAAAUGUAUGAGAUUGCCAGCCUCUAGUGGGGGGCACCACAAGUUUCCCCAGAAUUACAGCUGAUCACUGGACUACAGAAAUCAAUUUCCCUGGAGAAAAUGUCAGCUUUGGAGGGUGGACUCUCUGCUGAGCUCUCUUCCCUCCCCAGAUUCCACCCUCCUCAGGCUCUGCUCCCAGAUCUCCGGGAAUUUUCCAACCCGGGUUGGCAAUCCUGUCCAUCCACUGUGGGCAAAACAAGAAGAGUCUUAUGGCACCUUAAAUACUAAUAUCUAUGCUAAGGAGAAGAGCAAGGAUCUAUUUUGUCCGAUAUAUGAAGCGCCUCAGAUGGCAGAAAUAUAUUCACACAUGGAUACAGAUGGAAGAGAGGGGGAGGUUUUGAGGUCAGAAAAUCCUGAAUUCCAAGAGAUGGGUGUGCCACAUUUCACUGCAGAGCACAGAUGAAAAUAGGAGUCAGAGAUCCAACUAGAAUGGGUGGGGAAUGGACCAUUCCCAAGAACAGUUUCUUUCUGUGGUGGCCAGGAUCCAAACUUGCCUGUGAACUUUUUCCUCCUUCAAGUGUGGGGCCAAAAAUCUAAAAACAAACAAACAGUCCCUGAGGGUCAUCUCUUUAUGGCCACAGAAAGAAGGAAAACAGAAUCAAAUAGUUGGAAGAGACCACAAGGGCCAUCAAGUCCAACCCUCUGCAAUGCAGGAAGACAAUCAAAGCACUCCUGACAGAUGGCCAUCCUCUGUUUAAAA